GAGACCUCAUUCUACGUGGUGUAUAACGUGCCUAAUUUGAAUCCCGCCUCGUGUUACUCCAUAGAGGGUCUGACCCGACAGUCGGGUGUCGGCGAACUCAUAUUCGCGAAGAUAGACAGUCGACGUAUCAAUAGUUUGUACGAGAAGUACACGUCCGACCAAUUGGUGGCAAUGUUUAGGCGGUAUAGUGUGGCCGACUGUGUUGGCUGUACUAUUCUCACGUAUACGCCCGGCCUUAUCAACGACCGGGUGCUCGAAGAGCUCUAUCCCAUUUCUCUGGUCCAGAAACGAGACACGACGGCAACGCUGGAGCAGAUCUUAGACGAAUGCGAGCCCUUAUCGGCCAAUAUUGUCCGCAUUGAAGAGACGGCUCGGUAUCAGACACUGGACUCGUGCGAUGCCAUCGACCUCUUUGACCGAUACGAGGAUGACUUGAGUGAGUUUGGCGUAUAUAUUGGUUCAAACACCGCUCCCAACGCAACUCACGUACGGAUACUCUAUUCAAAUGGAUUCAGAAAUGAAGGAAGUUUUUACGGCAUAGCGAUUGGUAUUGUGAUUAAGGGUCCGCUGGCGCUGUUGGGCGACGCAUACCUCGAGAUCCUGGAUCUGCCAAACUUCAGUCCAUAUAGUUGUCAGUCAGAGCCCGGUGUGACUCAAUUGGUUGGUUCCAGUGAGAAGAUCAUCGCCAAUCUGGACGUCCAAAACUUGCUAUCAAUCAUGGAUUUGGACUCAAUUAUUACUAAAAUAAGGAGCAAUAGACUCGUUGACUGUUUGGGCUGUAUUACAGUGCAGUACAGCCCCGGACUCGUGGCCAGUGAUGUGCUCACCAAUGAAGGCACUGUACAACCGGUCGAAGAAACGCAACCCAAACCCAAACUCAAGAAUUAUUUUAAAUAUAAUAACAAACGAAAGAUAUUUGCAAAACUCGUGAAAUUAGAGUUGAAUUACAAGAAUAUUCCGUAUCCACACGUUUGCGAUUACGAGAGAUCCUACUCUUCAAACCUGAUAUAUGGCAUCACAACGAAAAACAGUCCCUAUCCUAUCGCCACUGUUCUCAGCCAUAGCUUUAUCAACGAGACCCGCAGAGAUGUGGGUUAUGUGGACGACAACAGCUGUGAGACAAUAAGAGGGGCAACAUUUCUAUCGGUCAUAGAUCUGCCAAAUCUGAAUCCCGACGCCUGCUGUUCGGUCGAAGGGCUGACCCAACAAACAGGUGUCGGCGAAAUUAUAUUCUCCACAAUUGACAGGCAA